UCAGCCCAAGGGAGAGCUGCUUUCCACACUUCACAGCAUCAGAGUGUGCGUGAGAGGCGGGGCUCUCCGUGACCCAGUUAGAGGUAAAACAAGCGAGGCUUCUUUCUCCAUCGUUUCAGAUUGGGGGGAGUCUCCGUCUGCUGUAGAAGCCACAAUGUCUGACUGCAGAAAGCAGUGGAACCGGGAGGAUGAGCUACCGGUCUACCUGGCGGGGCCGAUCACCACCGGGCAGAACCAGAGGAAAAGCUACGGGAUGUUCAGCUCCGUGGAGGGGGCGUUUGAAAGCAAAACCCUAGAUUUCGAUAACUACGCGGUGGGGGGGAAAGGGAGCCGCACCCCGAGAAACGGGAGCCGGGAGAGGGUCUUGGACGCUGGUGACCCAAUUGGCAAGACGUCCAGUGUGGCCCGGGAGGGGUCACUCACCGACUCGCCCGGUGAGACAGGCGAUGUACAACCCGGUGUUGAGGUCAGAUAUUCAUCGGAGAAGGAAAGCUCAAAUGGCCAGAGUCAAAGGCUGUUAAUUAAAGGAGGGCGGGUGGUCAAUGAUGACCAAUCUCUCUAUGCAGAUGUCUACAUUGAGGAUGGGCUCAUCAAGCAGGUGGGGGAGAAUCUGGUUGUACCGGAGGGCUUCAAGGUGAUCGAGGCUAAUGGCCUUAUGGUGAUACCAGGAGGGAUAGAUGCCAACACCUGUCUGAUGAAGUCUUACCUGGGAACACAGCCUGCUGAUGAUUUCCUCCACGGCACCAAGGCUGCACUUGCUGGGGGCACCACCAUGAUCAUUGACCAUGUAACCCCAGAGCCAGGGGAGAGUCUGCUGGAGGCGUUUGAGUGCUGGCAGGAGGCUGCGGAUAAGAAGGCAUGUUGUGAUUACUCCCUCCACGUCGACAUCCCCCAGUGGAAUGAGAUUGUUAAAGAUGAGUUGGAGCUGCUGGUGCAAGAGAAAGGUAUCAACUCCUUCCAAGUGUACAUGGCUUAUAAGGGUGUGUACCAGAUGUCAGACUCUCAGCUGUUUGAGGCUUUCUCCUUCCUGAAGCAGUUGGGUGCUGUGGUGUUAGUUCAUGCUGAAAAUGGAGAUGUGAUUGCUCAGGAACAGAAAAAAAUUCUCGGAAUGGGAAUCACCGGACCUGAAGGACAUCCUCUGAGUCGUCCUGAAGAGCUGGAGGCUGAGGCGGUGUUCCGUGCCAUCACUCUUGGUAACCGUGUGAACUGUCCCGUCUACAUCACCAAGGUGAUGAGCAAGAGUGCAGCCGACACUAUCGCCCAAGCACGUAGGAAAGGUUCUAUAGUUUUUGGGGAGCCAAUUACAGCCAGCCUGGUCACUGAUGGCUCUCACUAUUGGAGCAAGAACUGGGCCAAAGCGGCUGCUUAUGUGACCUCUCCACCUUUAAGUCCUGACCCCACAACUCCAGACCACCUGAACACGCUGCUGGCUUGUGGGGACCUCCAGGUUGUGGGCAGCGCUCACUGCGCAUACAGCACUUCCCAGAAAGCCGUCGGUAAAGAUGACUUCACCCAGAUCCCAGAGGGAACCAACGGAGUGGAGGAGAGAAUGGGUUUCGUCUGGGACAAGGCCGUGGCCAUGGGGAAGAUGGACGAAAACCAGUUUGUGGCAGUCACAUCUACCAACGCUGCUAAAAUCUUCAACCUGUACCCACGCAAAGGCCGGAUAGCGGUGGGCUCCGACGGCGACAUUGUUAUCUGGGACCCCAACAGCGCCAAAACAAUCACUGCCAAACUCCAGCAGUCGGCUUCAGAAUACAACAUCUUUGAGGGUCUGGAGUGCCGUGGCGGUCCAGUGCUGGUGUUGAGUCGAGGUCAAGUGGUUUAUGAGGAAGGCAAGCUGCAGGUUCAGCAGGGCACCGGUCGAUUUAUUCCCCGCAAGCACUUCCCAGACUACGCUUACCAGCGCAUUAAAAUCAGGAACCAGGCGAAGAGUAAGCAAGGCGUUACUCGUGGGUUGUAUGACGGCCCUGUGUAUGAUGUCAUUCCUACCCCCAAAUAUAUUACUCCUUCUCCAUCAGCCAGAACUUCCCCCACUUCUCACCAACCAGCACCAAUACGCAAUCUCCACCAGUCCAACUUCAGCCUAUCAGGGUCACAGAUGGAUGACAGCAUCCCUCGUCGGUCUGGCCACCGCAUUGUAGCGCCCCCUGGUGGUCGCUCCAACAUCACCAGCCUUGGUUGAACACUUGAGUGUGUACAAAGUGUGGUUGUUGUGGGGUUUGUGUGUGUGUGUGUGUGUGUGUGUGUGUGUGUGUGUGUGUGUGUGUGUGUGUGUGUGUGUGUGUGUGUGUGUGUGUAUGACUGAGAGUGUAAGCACACUGUGAUGAAUGAAUACCCUUGUAGUUUGCGGUGACACACUCUUUAUAGAAAAUGAUGAUUUGUAUCAGUUGCCUUGAGUCUGUGGUCACAGAGAAGAAGCACAUUAAUAUUUCCAACAGAAGAAGAGUGUGAUUUACAAUCAACCAAGUCAUUCAAAAAUACGGAAAACUCACAGGCUCACAAUCGGGGCACUCACACACACACACACACACACACACACACACACACACACACACACACACACACACACACACACACACACACUCACACAAAUUCGGUGUCGGACCCCCUCCAAGCACCCAAAAUGUGAACCCAGUGUUAUGUCAUAAUGUUGUUAUCUCCUUUCCUGUGGGCAUGACUUCCUGCUAAUUCUUCCUCACAUCCCACAUACUGUGUGGAUCUGCUCAGACAUGGUGCUCCCUUCCACCCAUCUAGUAGACAGCUGAAGAAAAUAACAGAUUUCUCCUACACCUGUUUCUCAACAUCUUGGCAGUAUUUGUUUCAGUGUGGCUCAAGUGGAUCAGUUAUAAACAUUGCAUGAACACGUCUUUAGAUGUUGCACUACUUGUGGUUUAUUGUUGCAAUGAAGGAACACUUAAUAUUCUACUCAAGGCAUAUUUGUAUUCAGCAGCGCAGAUAUAUUAUUACACUGGUAAAUGUAUGCUUUGAACACAUAAAGACAUUCACUGUGGAUAGAGCCAGCUGUUACUAGGUUCAUUCAUUUUAACAUUACUGUGAACUUCAAUAAAAGCAAUGCAACGUCCUUUCCACCAUCACACACUAUAUGCAAAUGUGUCGAUACUCUGCUAUGAAGUGUGAAAGACUAUGAGCAGUUGAAACAAAUAACAAACCAGCUGUGCACUGCAAAAUGAAUUUCUAGAUGGCUGUACCUACAUAAUACAGGUUCACUGUAAAGACUUUAUGAUGUGUGUGAUAGUUUUCUGCUAAUCACUGGUGCCAGAAAUAGCUCUUUGUUGUAAUGCUCAAUUCACUGCUGUAAAAGGGCUUCAUCUUCCAUCCCCGCUAUUUAAAACUUCGCUGACAAUCUUUUUAAGCUGUUUUUAAUUGUAUUUAAUCGAUGCUGGAUGUUUUCUUGGUACAUUUAGUGUUUCUAUACCUGCUUUUUUUUGUUUGCUGUUGUCUGGUGUCUCCAAUGGAACCACUAAUGAUCAAUAAAGACUUGACUGUUGUCAAAAAAAC